AUGCAUAUUUGGCCUUGGUUAGAAAAGCUAUACCUUGCUGAAAAUAUUAGAGCAAAAGAGGACCUGCCAUAUGCAUCAUUUCUACUAAGUUUAGGCAAUGGUGAGUUGCAGUCCUCUAAAACUGCUUUUGUUUUAGUUCCUGCUCACAUUGUGAGAUAUUUUCAAAAAAACGAAGAACUUAUUGAUUAUCUAGCUGCUAUUGCAUUCCCUGAACUAGAACAUGCAGACUUUACACCAGAUAUUUGCACAGAAAGAGCCAUCCUCACACCAUUGAAUGAUGUAGUAGACUCCAUCAACACUUUUCUUAUUGAUAAGUUUCCAGAAAGCCCUGUUGUUUACAAAAGUUUCAACACUAUCCUUGAUGAUAAUUGUGCAAUUUACCCAACUGAGUUCUUGAACCAGCUUUCCCCAGGUGGGAUGAGCCCACAUGAACUUAUUCUAAAGAAAACAGUCCUGUUAUCUUGUUGA